CUCUAGGCCGCCCUCGAGCUCACUUCUCGCGAGAAGAGUCGCGAGUCUCCUUUCCGCUUCAGCUUCCAAGCCGCGCCGGCGGUGCCGCGAGCAAUGGGAGUGGGGAGAUGCCCCGUCACUGCUCUGCUACUGGCUGUUGCACCCGUGAUACACCUGAAACACGCAAUCGAGGCAUUUCUUUCCAUCGACUGCCAAAGGACAAUCCCCGGCGAACCACAUGGUUGGAGAAUUGUCGGCGGAAAGACCUGAGUGGGCAGGGUCUCUGGGACCCUGCUUCCAAAUAUGUUUACUUUUGCUCCAAGCACUUUGAGAAGAAUUGCUUUGAACUGGUGGGCACCAGUGGUUAUCAUCGUCUCAAAGAAGGUGCUGUUCCUACAAUAUUUGAGCUUCAUGCAAAGCCACGCCGGAAAUCAAAGCUAAACAGUUCCAAACUUGCAAAACAUCAACAGAAGCAGAGCUGUGGUCCCUGCCCUGCAGAGGAGACAACUCCAUUGUGUAUGGACAUCUCCUGUUUCCCUGUGCAAGAGCUGCCAAGUCCUGGGGCUGCUCCUACUAGUGGUGAGCCUCGAAGCCAGCCCAACCUUCCAGGGUCAGAACCAGAGAGUUUGACCAUUCUGUCAGAUGCAUCCCUGGAACAAUCACCAGCUGCUACUGGUCAAGAAGAAGCCUCGCCUUCUCCAGCUCUCCCAGAACCCGUGGGGGAUCCAUCUCAACCUGUUUCUCUCUCCCUCUACAUGCUACGGCUCCCACCCCCAGCUGGUGCCUACAUCCAGAAUGAGCACAGCUACCAGGUGGGUAGUGCCUUGCUCUGGAAGAGGCGGGCUGAGGCAGCACUUGAUGCUCUGGGGAAAGCGCAGAGGCAGCUGCAGGCCUGCCGGCGCCGUGAACAGAGACUCCGCCUGCGCAUCUGCGAGUUGCAGCGUGAACGGCGGCCACACAACACUGAUGCACAUCGACGGCUUAAAGAACACCUGCAGGUCUUUGAAUUGCAGCUACUGAAUGACAUUGAAUAACUUUUGAAAGGGCCCAAACUUACCUUGCUUUGUGUGGCGGUGUCGCAAACUUGGGCCGUCUAUUUCCCAUCUCCAAGCUAGGUUGUAUGAAAACUUGGGGCUCUACAAACUUGCAACCUGCUUGAUGCAACCCUGUUUCCCCUUCACCAUUCAUGUUUAUAUCUGUAAAUAAAGAUUCUUUUGUAUAAAUGGA